AUGAGCGUCCCCGUCCUCAGCACGCCUCCCGACAAACGGUCGGCCUACAUCAUCGACCAGCUCGAAGGCGAACGCAUCACCAUCCCCGGCAGUAAGGGCGUCUUCCGCAUCCUCGCCUCCUCCAAACAGACUCAGGGCGGCAUCGCCGUCUUCUCGAGCGGCGCCGUGCUGUCUGAUGCGCCGGGCUUCCACUGGCACGCCGAGGCCCAUGAUGUCUUCCUCCCAACCAAGGGGUUUCUGAAGCUGUGGAGUGGCGACAAGUGUAGGAUCAUGGGGCCUGGAGAUUUUGCUUAUGUCCCCCCUAAAAUCAUACACAACCCAGAGAUGCUCGGCCCCCACACUGAACAGCUAGGUCUCGUCGCUCCUGGCGACUGGGUCGACUUCUUCCGCUACGUCGCCGACUCCUACAGCGGCCUCCUCGUUCCCGAGUCCGACACCCGCGACCUCAAAGCCCACAUCAUCCCCAAAGUCAUGGCCGCCCGCGACCGCUUCGACGUCCACUUUGUCCGCGACCACCAGCCCGCCGAGGUGAGCGACUGGCUCGCCUCCGAGACCGCCCUGCCCGAGGAAGCCCUGACACCCUAUUUCCUGCGCGCCAACACGGGCCCGCGACAGAUUCUGGGGGGCGUCAUGUCGCGGCCGUUCAUCUAUGCGCGCCACACCGCGGGGCGGUUCGCCAUCACGAGCCUGGAGUCUUCGAGCGCCUAUGGCAGGUCGUGGCUGGCGGAGAGGUGGAUCACGUUUCAGAGUGUAGACCACUGCUUCUGCGUGCAGGAGGGCAUUCUCAAGGUGCGGCUGCGGGGCGAGGAGGCGUGGAGUGAGGUCAGAGAGGGUCAGACGCUGCUGGUGCCGGCGGGCCAGGCGUUUGUUUUGGACUUUGGGAGUCGCUAUGUUCGUGCCAUCACCUUCACCAACGGGAAGGGUCUGGAGGAGGUCGUGAGGCUGGCUGGGGUUGACUGCGCCGGCGUGGUGCUGCCGGACGAGGCGGCUGCCUUUGAUGCUGCCAGGUUGCAGGAAUACGAUCAAAGGUCUGAAAAGGACAAUGUUUUAGAAGCGCUGCAUGAAUAA